AUGGCGCCGCUCGGAAACGUGACCUCCGGCAAACAGAAACGUGCCCCGAAGACGUUUAUUACUUUCCUCAGCGGCGCCACUUCAGGUUGCAUCUCCACACUGGCUUUACAGCCUUUGGAUGUCGUCAAGACUCGAAUGCAAAUGUCCGCUGCUUACAACCGCUCGGUCCAUUUGCAACCGGCCUUGUCCCUGCAACCGAACUCCAGCAUUUUCGAAACAUUUCGCGGUAUUGUCCAUCAGGAUCGCGUCUCUGGUCUAUGGAGAGGCGUUGCCCCAUCCAUUCUUCGAAACACCAUGGGUGUCGGCCUUUAUUUUAUGACACUCAAUGCGAUCACCGCUCGCCUCUCAUCCCCUGAUGGCUCUCUUUCACAUGUCGCUACCCUAGCCUCAGGUGCGGGCUCGAGAUCCCUGGCUGUCGUCUUGCUUUGCCCUCUUUCAGUCAUCAAGACCAGGAUGGAAACUGUCGAGUACUCUCGUAUGUACAACGGCAUCGCACAUGCCAUGCGAACAAUCGUUGCGCAAGAAGGUAUUGGUGGGCUCUUUAGCGGACUCGUUCCUGCAGUUCUCAGAGACGCCCCAUUUUCCGCCAUGUACAUGCUCAUCUACCUGCGCGCGAAGCAGACUUUAGGACAAGCCGUAGGAUUGAAGGAAAAUCGGUCUUCGAUCAUGCGAAGCGUUGCACCCCAGGCAUCAACUAACUCACUUCACCUGCAAAAGACAGAGAUACCAGCAAAGGUAACCUCCACGAAGGGCCUCACGAUGGCCGUUAACUUUGCAAGUGGCGCGAUGGGUGGCGGCUUGGCCACUUUGCUGACGCAACCGCAAGAUGUUAUCAAAACUCGAAUGCAGCUGAGCAUGCGCCAUAGUGACGGAACGCCAAGCAGAUACAGCAACGUAUGGGAAGCAUCACGGAGGCUCUUCAACGAGGAAGGCCUCUACGCUUUUUUCCGCGGUUCUUCGCCGCGUUUUUUGAAAAGAAUCCUUGGAUCGGCCAUUACCUGGAUGGUGUUUGAGGAGGCAAACACUUUGUACAGCAAUAUUCUCAAGAAGACUAACGAACCCACUGCUAGUUGAUGACAGUGAUCCCGGGACCGAGAUUCCGUCACUAGUGCUUCCUCAAGAUAGGAUGCACAUUUUGAUGCAGCGGAUGGGUUCGAUGUGAAGGCACCACCAAGCUGUCGCGGAUAAUGUAAUUUACAGGUUUGAAGACAGCUUGCUGUACAAUGCGUAUCCUGUUUGGAAUAAUUGUAUUCUUAAAAGACCUAGAGCGAGAACUGGA